AUCUUCCACACACUGACAUCGUACCCAAUGAUGAUGCUACGAACCAACACCCUUCCACCAUUCAUCCACCCGCAUCUGAUAUCAUCGAACACCAAGAAAAUCUAUCUCGAGCCCUUGAGUAAUUGUAUGAGUUUGAUACAUAUGAUCCGGAGUCGGGUACAGGGAAGCCGAAAAUUGUUUUCGAGGAAUGUGAGGCUAGAAUGUGAACGUUUG